AUGUUGUGGGGCUCGAUGAAUCGAAGUGUAUCGGGACCGCUAGUGUUUAUCAAUGGAAAUCUCGACGCUCAAAG